AUGCCGGCACGCGGCCGCUGCAAGAUCGUGGUGGUGGGGGACGCGGAGUGCGGCAAGACGGCGCUGCUGCAGGUGUUCGCCAAGGACGCCUAUCCCGGGAGCUAUGUCCCCACCGUGUUUGAGAACUACACCGCCAGCUUUGAGAUAGACAAGCGCCGCAUUGAGCUCAACAUGUGGGACACUUCAGGUUCUUCCUACUAUGAUAAUGUCCGGCCUCUGGCUUAUCCUGAUUCUGACGCUGUGCUCAUCUGCUUCGACAUCAGCCGGCCAGAAACACUGGACAGUGUUCUCAAGAAGUGGCAGGGGGAGACUCAGGAGUUUUGCCCCAACGCUAAGGUUGUGCUGGUUGGCUGUAAGCUGGACAUGCGGACGGACCUGGCCACACUGAGGGAGCUGUCCAAACAGAGGCUGAUCCCUGUGACCCAUGAGCAGGGCAGUGUGCUGGCCAAGCAGGUGGGAGCCGUGUCUUAUGUCGAGUGCUCCUCCCGAUCCUCCGAGCGCAGCGUCAGGGAUGUUUUCCACGUGGCCACCGUGGCCUCCCUGGGCCGUGGCCAUAGGCAGCUGCGCCGUACUGACUCACGCCGGGGACUGCAGCGAUCUGCUCAGCUGUCAGGACGGCCGGACCGGGGGACUGAGGGCGAGAUGCACAAGGACCGGGCCAAGAGCUGCAACCUCAUGUGAGGGAUGCAGCAGAGCGGAGUGAGGCGGGGUGGCCAGGCCACGUUGUUCACUUGUCCGACCCUGGCCAGGGGGCCGGGGCGGGCCCAGUGGAAAGGAGCUGGUGGACAGAAGGGCAUUACCAUUCCCUAAAUCCUCAUCUCCCUCCUCUUCACAGGAAGCUAGGGGACGACAGGGGCAGGUACCUGGGGCAUGAGCUAGGAAGGGGCAGGUGGGUGUUGGGGAAGCUGGCCUCAAGCGUGGGGACGUUGGUUGUCGCAGUCAAGGAGUGCCUUCCCUCCCCGCUCCCAGUCCGCAGACCCGGUUCUAGCUUCCUUCCCCAAGGAGCAUCCAUCCUGUGCCCUUCUCUGCUCCUCCCCUCUCACUUCUACAGCUGUUCUCAUGCACCCUAACCUCCAGGCGAUGUGCACUAAAUGCAGAAGCAAGGGGAAGCCCCGCCCCUAGCUACCCACCAGCCCUAGCUCCUUCCCCCCUCUUCCCCCCCAAGCCUCCAAUAAAACCCAUGCCCAUGUCAAA